AUGCAGAUCUUUGUAAAGACACUCACUGGAAAAACCAUCACUCUCGAAGUUGAGUCCUCAGAUACCAUCGACAACGUUAAGAGCAAGAUUCAAGACAAGGAGGGCAUUCCACCAGACCAGCAGCGUCUAAUUUUCGCUGGCAAGCAGCUAGAGGAUGGCCGAACUCUUUCCGACUACAAUAUCCAAAAAGAGUCCACUCUCCACUUAGUCCUGCGUCUACGGGGAGGAAUGCAAAUCUUCGUAAAAACUCUGACGGGCAAGACAAUCACCCUGGAGGUUGAGAGCUCGGAUACUAUCGACAACGUCAAAAGUAAGAUUCAGGACAAGGAAGGAAUCCCACCAGACCAGCAGAGGUUGAUCUUUGCUGGAAAGCAACUUGAGGAUGGGCGAACUCUCUCGGACUACAAUAUUCAGAAGGAGUCUACCCUCCACCUUGUUCUGCGGCUGAGAGGGGGUGCCCCUAAGAAGAGAUUAUGCAACUUCAAGGAGUGCACCAACGCAGCUCAGAGGAUCGUCGGCGAUUGCACAUUCUGCGAUGGACACUACUGCGGACGACAUCGUCUGUUGGAAGACCACAAAUGCACAGGAUUGGAGGACUGUAAAAAGGAAUCACAUGACCGAAACGCGAUGAAGUUGAACUCGGAAAGGACAGUCGUCGGAAAGGUUUAA